CAUAGGGACAUUAUUAGCAAACAGAGCUGCUCUCUAGAAGACGCCAACAUGGCAUCAAGCUCACACUCCGUCAACUUUGAGGACAUUCCACUGAGCAGCUUCCAGCAUCGACAUUCAGGUUCCAGCGAAGAGGACUUUUCACCUUCUGUCAACCUACGCCGCGCCCAGACUGACGUACACCUCAGGGAACGGAGGAGACAAGACUCAGAUAAAUACCAUUCUUACGGCGGGCGGGGAUGUCGGGCACAGCAGUGUACUCUGCCCUCACGAUGUGGAGGGGAACUUCUGAGCAGUCAUAUGUUCCACCAUGGGAGGGAGUGCCGGCCCUCUGCCUGGUACAACACCGUCAUGGCGCACCGCAGAAGGGGGCAGGGACCCAACACAGAGGAGGAGGUGGUGGAUGAGAUUGCCGAUGCCAUGGAGGGGGACGAGAGGCUGAUGUCGGAUAAUGUAGAUGGCGAGAUCAUGAGAAGAGAGGCCUUGAGGGAUUUGAUCAAGCCUCUGAGAGUGAAGAAAGAAAUCAGAAGACGACUGACAGCCCGGCGUUCCUCCCACCGCGACUCCCUGCCCAUCACCAGGCUGAACGGGCUCAAGUACACCAUCAGUAUGCAGUGGUACAAGGUGAAGCAGUCGGUGCAGGACACCUUCCACGACUACAGCCUGUGGCACAAGGAGCUCAAGAAAAUUGAGGGCACCUUUGGCACCGGGGUUGGGUCAUACUUCAGGUUUUUGCGCUACCUCUUCCUCCUCAACCUGGCCAUUGCUAUCCUUGUAUGUGGGUUCCUGUUAACACCUCAGUUACUGGUCCGUGCUCACCCACAGCAGCCAUCUGGUGCAGUGGCUACACCAAGCACAACGCCAGCAACACAGACCCUGACACCAGCUGCCUUGAGGGUGGAGGAUGAGCCCUCUUCAUCCAACCUCCCUGUCUUCACCUGGUCACCUCUCAACCCCCCGGCCAACAUAGACAGCUGCAACGACAGCCUGACCAGUAAAGAGUUUGGUGGUCUGGACUGGCUGACUGGGGCAGGGUGGUUUGACACGACGGAGCUGUACUAUGGCACAUACUCCUCCGAGGACGUGUCCUUGGCAGCUCACCAGCACUACAGCAUGCCCAAGGCGUACUUCCUGGUCAUCUUCGUGCUGUUUAUCAUCUACUUGGUGGUGAUCCUCCACAGGGUUGUGGUGCUGUACAAGAAUAAUGACAUUGACAUUGAGCACGACAUGUCUGCCAGCUUUGUGAGGAAGGUGUUCUCCUCCUGGGACUUCAGCAUCACCGAGAGGAAGGCAGCAGACAUCAAGCACAAGAGUAUUUACAGUGAACUCAAGGAGAUCCUUCAAGAGUACCUGAGUGAGGAGCAGGAGGAGGACUGGUUGCAGCGUGCCAAGGGGUGGCUGGUGAAGGUGGUGUUCUGGACACUGGUGCUGGCCUUCCUGGCACUGCUGGGCUGGGCUACCUAUGCCAUGCUGGACCUGGACAUCCUGCACAACACUAAAUCCUCGGCUGGGCUGCUGCUGUACCCACUGAUUGUGACGUGCAUCAUCCUGGUGAUCCCGCUGGUGUUCACACAGGUGGUGAGGGUGGAGGGCUACAGCACACCCCGCACCAGGCUCUAUGUCACCCUCGUCAGAACCAUCUUACUGAAGCUGACAGUCCUUGGGGUGCUUGUAGGAACCUGGUACACACAAGCAACAUCUGUCUUUGCAACUGAAGAUCCCAAAGAGCCUGAAGACCUGCCAGUCCUUACCCCAACACCAUCAGAUCCAGACAGCAAGGUGGAGACAGAGAAAAAGGAGAGAGAUGAGUGCUGGGAGACUUCAUUAGGUCAAGAGUUUUACCGUCUGUUGAUCAUGGACUUCAUCAUUGGCUUGGUAAUGCAUCUCGGCACCUUCAUCAUCUCACUCAUCAGCCAGAGGACAGCCAGGGAGUUCAACAUUGGCCGCUACACUGUACACCUCAUCUACAACCAGACACUGCUGUGGGCCGGCCUCUUCUUCUGCCCACUGACCCCUCUCAUCGUUGUCAUUAAAAUUGUCAUCAUGUUCUACAUACAGAAGUUCAUCCUACUGCGCUGCCUCAAUCCUGAUGACAGUCCGUGGCGGGCAGCUCAGGCAGAGACGGUGUACCUGGUCCUCACGCUGGUCUCCCUCAUCCUCUCCUUCUUUGGUUACCUCUUCAUUCUUCUUAAAGGCAAGACAUCCUGUGGGUGUGGUCCGUUCAAGGGCUACCAGAACUAUGUUGAUUUCUUCUGGGACAUCAUAGACAAGGACCAGGAGACCAUUCUGACUAUUGUGUCAUGGCUCUUUAAACCAGGUGUUGUAGCCGGCAUACUCAUCAUAUUGGUGAUCCUGGUGUACUGUGCCAAGUCCACAGCUGAGGGUCGCGCUGAGAUGAUCAAAGUGCUGCGUCACCAGCUAGAGCUUGAACUCAGGGACCGAGCCUUCCUCCUCAAGCUGACCGAGAGAGUCCGCCAGGGCAACUACAGGCCAGCCAGACCAGAUUCCCACUAUGCUGCCUCACCCAGACCACAGACCCCCAGGGAACCACGCGACCUUACCCAGAGGAGCUCCUUCGUGUUCUCAGACAGUAAAGUCCACCCAGCAGAUUCCAGUCCAGCAGUGCACCGUUUUUCAGACUACAGAGACGAGUCAGCCGAGUCACUAAUCUAACAAACAAAAAUGUACCCACACCCAUUUGUGUGUGUAUGUUGGAAUUGAGCUUACAUCGCAUCUGUCAAGCUCAUUCAAGACAGUCAUCUUGGGCACACCUCCACCUCUUACCUGUGUACCUAUAACUGCUGGAGUCUUACCUGAGCCCCUGAGCCCCUUUGUCUUGGGUGCUGGUGGUCCACAUAAUAAGGUGUGAGUGUAGCAGGGGUGUCAUACUGAAGGGCAAGGAUUUAUACUCUCUCUCAAGCUUCUCUCUCUAUACUUCUCUCAAGCUCCUCUUUGCCUCCUACUCAUCAUUUAACUCAUCACUGAGACAGUUAUGUACUCCAAUAGAACUGUGAUAUGUCUUAUGCUUCUGAUUUGUGCAUGAGUGGAUCAUGAAAGUUCAGAGGUGGAGCUUUAAAGUUUACCAAAAAGUUUAUUGUUGCAGCAUAAAAAGUCUACCCAAAAAUCAGUGGAAUUUAAAAAGUCCACCAAAAAUCAAGACUCCACUAAGAAUAAUGAUUUCAGUCCACCAAAAGUUAAUGGAUGGAACUUUAUAAAAUCCACCCAAAGUUCAGGAGGCAAGCUUAGGAAGUAUAAAUUCUUGUAUGGCCACAAAAGACACCUGAAGUAGCUGUAGUGUAGGAAUCCAAUGGUGCUGUAGUGGCGGGUUAGUUGGGACCAGAUAACACUGUGGUACUGAGGUUUAUAUUCCGAAACACUUUGCUCUCUCACCACUAUUUUCAAAGGCCACAUAAAUAAUUAGUCAUGAUUAGUCAUGAGUGUUUCUCCUGUUAGUAAUGUAGAGAUAUUGUUAAUCUGUCUCUGUAAUCAUAGAAACACCCUUAAAAACCUGUGUCACUUCAACUAGAUUGAGCCUUUUGAAAAUAGUGGAGGUGUAGUGCAGGAGUGUUCCAGAGUAUGGGCCUCAUUGUAGUGGUAGUUUGGCCAGAGAACCAACUAAUUAUGAAAGGAAGAAGGAUAAAUUAAUAUCAAGGUGUUUAAUGGCAAUAAUAUGUGCUAAACUGGUGAUCUCUUUAUAGCAUUUGAAAGAGGGUUUGUCAUAUAUUUCUACAGUAUUAUUCAAGGUUAUCUCUCCAUCAAAUAAGUUAAAUAAGGAGUGAAUGGAUAGUUAAUUGCAAAAAAAUGUGUGCUAAACUGGUGAUCUCUAUAGCAUUUGAAUGAGGGUUUGUCAUAUGUUUCUACAGUAUUAUUUGACAUUAUGACCCAAGGAAACAAAUAUGAAAAGAAGGAAUAAGUAGCUGUCAAGGUGAUGAAUGGUAAUAAUAAUAAUAAUGUGUGCUAAAGUGGUGAUCUUUUUAUAUAACAUUUGAAAGUAGGUUUGUUGUACGAUUUUGCAGUAUUAUUUAACAUCAUUACCUAAAGAAGUAAAGAUAAAGAAAAGGAAUGAAUAGCUGCAGUAAUGUGUGCUAAACUGGUGAUCUUUUUGUAUAGCCAGCUCAAAAAUAGGUCUGUUAUAUGAUUCUGCUGUAUUAUUUAACAUUAUUACUUAACCAAUUUAUCAUUAAAAUACAAUUAGUGAAUGGCUGCCAAGAUCACUAUCGGCAAUAAUGUGUGCUAAACAAGUCAUCAUUUUUUAUUGUUUUAAGGUGCUCAUUGUAUGAGUCUGCAGUAUUACAAAGCAUUAUUGUCUAGCCAGUAAGCCUAAAAGGAACUGAAAUAGAUGAUUGUCAGAGUAAUAAUGGCAAUAAUUUUUCAACAGGUGAUAUUUUGUAUCUUUCAAAGGUGUAUUUGUCAUACAGGUCAACAUGGAGUACAGUUUAACAUCAACAGACAGCAAAAUACUGAUUAAGUUUUAGUUAUGUAAUUUCAAUUUAAGUUCAGAAAAGAAGCUAUGUCAUUUCAACCCACAUACCACAAAGCAAAUGAAAGAAUACAUGUAUUUAUAAAAAAAACAGGUAAUAUUAAGAGAGCAAGUGUGAUAUUGAUUAAUGAUCAUCAUUAUAAAUGUACUCUAUUAUGGCACCUAUAUCUCAUGUCAAAAUGUUUCUUAAUGUUAAUUUUUACUAUCAAAUGAUUUAUAGUUAUCAAAAAUCAAUUCAUAUAUAAGAAGUAUUUUUAGUUCAUGUAUUGCCCUAUAUUCCUCCUUUCCUUUCAGUCUUUAAUACUAGUAUCUAUAUUUUCUAUACAUUUAUACUCUUAUUUAUGAAAGACCUUACAUGAUCUGCCUUUCAGUAACAGUAUGUAUGUAUUCCUCCUUUCUUUCCAAUCUUUGUCACUAGUAUCUAUUUUUACUAUACAUUUGUACUCUUAUUUAUCAGAGACCUUACAUGAUCUACCUUUCAUUAACAGUAUAAUGCUGAUAUUUCUACAGACUUGUAGAAUUUCCUAUUGGUGGUACAGUCGAGGUCAGAAGUUGUAUAACUCUCUGCACUGCAUCUACUUCCACUGCAUUUUGUGUUGUCCUUCAAUUUUAGGUCGCUUGAUAGACUGACGAUCUCAAUACAAAAUAUUACUAAUCAAUUUCCAUCCAGUUAAAGGAGUUGAGAUUGAGAGAGGACACUAAAGACAGUAAAAAUGAUUGUGUGAAGUGAGUCUACUGUAUUUUGUGUUGUCCCUCAAUUUUAAGUCCACUGAUAAACUGACAAUCUUACAAAAUAUAAUUUCCAACCAGUCAAAGAUGUCUGGAUUGAAAGAGGACACUAAACACAGUAGAAGUGAUUGUGAUGGAUUACCUACUUCACCUCUGACCCUCACUGUACUGUAGUAGCCUCAAGUAGCCUUAAGUAACACUAUAUUGAGCACAGGUGUAAUAGCAGGUAUUUGUGCACUCAUUUAGGUGCAUCUGUUGUCUAGUCCUUUGUAUACUUUUCUACUCCAAUGCUCAAAGUAUAAAUGAUCACUGUCUCUCAACUCUUUAUUGGGCAGAAUGCAGUCAGCUCUCAUUUUUCUGGAUUAAGGAUGAUAGACUGAAUGUUUGAAGGUCUGGCUUUGUUUCUUGGAUGCUAAGAAGGAUAAUAUCAAAAUAACAUUAGCGUUUCCACCCGAGGGCUAUAUUAGAUUAGGUUUAGAUUUGCCUUGGUUUCACCUUGGUGUGCAAAACAGUUAAAUACUCCCAUUUAUUUUGAUUUGAGAGAAGAUUUUUCAGGUUAAUACAUUGAAAAAUUGUACAUGAAGUGAAAUUGACAGUCUCUUUAACAUUUGUCAGUGUACACACAUUUAUUUUGGUUCAAAUUAAGAUUUUUUAAGAUUAUCACAUUGAAAAGUUAUGUGUACUUGAAGUGAAAUUGACAGUCUGUUCAUCCUUUCAUUAUUUUCACAUUAAACAUUUUGCCCAGACGUCUUUCAGUCCAUCACAUCAAGGUUCAGGAAGAUGAGAGUGUACUGUAAACAUAAUGCAGCCUUAAUGUGUGGCUGUGUUGGUGCAAAGCCAGGCAGCAUAUGAUGGAGUGAAAAAAAAAAAAAAAGCAAGCCUUAGUAUGUCAGCCUUCAUAGUGAGUCGUUUGAACGUAUCACUGACUCAUGCUGGUGAAGAUGCUCUAAACACUGUGAUCAUCCUCCUGACAUCAACUGUUUUGUUAUCUUGUCACACUUCAGCCAGUAUUUGCAUGUGAUCUGUCAGUAUUUAAGUUUAUUUCAGUUUGCCAGUGAGUUCAGUAUCAAAUAUGAGCGAUGAUACAUCAGUUUUAUGAAGAGUGAAUUUUACAUGAAGUGAAAGGAAAGAGUGUGUUCAAUUUGUAAGGAUGAUAAGUCAGUUUUAUGAAUUGGGUGAAUUUUAUACUAAGUGAAAAGAGAAAGUAUACCUAUUUGAUUUGUAUAAAUGAUAAGUUAGUUUCUUAAGAAUUGGGUAUAUUUUAUAAAGACCCUGUGGAGAGAGAGAAAGUGCAUUAUGUUCCUCCAGAUAUGAAUGAAUCGGUAAUCAAAACUAUUUAUUGAUAGUAUUUAUAUUCACUGUUUUGCAAUCAGUAUUGUUGAAUUAUCAUUUUUUUCAUGAUAUGUUUAGAAUUUUAUUUAAUAUUUUAUACAUUUUACCACUAUUUCAUGAUAUGCACAAUUAAUCAGAUAUUUUAUAAAAAAAAUACAGAUAUAAUCCAUUUGUAAUACUUUAUAAA